AUGCUUCAGGAGAAGGUGAUCGUCGGAGCGGCUUCCGUCUGUUCCCUAAUCGCUAUCGGUGCUUGUCUAGUCGUACUACCGUCGUUGUACUACGAAAUCAAUGAAGUACAUGAUCAGGUACUUGACUCAGUGGCGGUGUUCCGUAUGGAGACGGACUCGGCAUGGAUCGACAUGAUGGACAUCCAGAUUGCCGUCACUCCACCGUCGAAACCUCGUCAGAAUCCGUUAGACUCCAUAUUCCGUCGAAAACGACAGAACUUUGGUAGCUUGCCUCCCUGGUGUCAAUGUGAACCGACACCACCCAGAUGCCCACCGGGACCACCGGGCCCACCCGGACCACCUGGUAUGCCCGGUACGCCUGGACAACGAGGGCCUCCUGGACGGGAUAACACUCAAGUCUACGCUCCAAUCACCUGCCCACCAAUCAGUCGAGAUUGCGUGCGUUGCCCAGCAGGACCACCAGGGCCUGCAGGACCUUUGGGAGCAAUGGGUCGGCCAGGACCACCUGGUCGUCCUGGACCACCUGGAACACGUGGCAAGAACGGUCUCCCCGGACCUCCAGGACCGGCAGGCAACAAAGGCAUGCCAGGAUCACCAGGUCGCCCGGGAGGACCAGGAAAGCCAGGCCGCGAUGGUCAACGCGGACGCGGCAAACCCGGUUCACCCGGUCCACCUGGACGACCCGGUAUGCAGGGAAGACCCGGAGGCCGAGGAAACGACGGUCGACCAGGAAGCAUGGGACGACCUGGUCCACAAGGACAACCGGGAAUGCGUGGCUCUCCUGGACAACAAGGGCGACCUGGACAGCCUGGAGCGCCAGGUCUACCUGGCAACGACGCUGCCUAUUGCCCAUGCCCGCCGAGAAACAGCGUCUACACGACGAACCGAGUUGUCAGUCGACAAUAG